GGGCGCCGCUGUAGCCCCCGCCCCGCGCCGCGCACACCAUCUCCUGUGGGGCCGGGGGCGCCGCCGGGUCUCCCCGCCCCGCCUCGAGGAGUCGCCGCCUCGGCCCCAUUCCAGUGACUGGUUAAAUGGAAGCCAUUCCUGGGAUCUGGAUGGUUUCUACUGACACAGACUUUGCAUAGCAGCUCCAUCACCUCAGGAGGUUGCAAUGAGUGGAGGAGGGGAUCAGCCUGACAUCCUCAGUGUGGGAAUAUUGGUCAAAGAAAGAUGGAAGGUGUUGAGGAAAAUAGGAGGUGGAGGAUUUGGAGAAAUUUACGAUGCACUGGACUUGCUUACUCGGGAAAAUGUUGCACUGAAAGUCGAAUCAGCUCAGCAGCCAAAGCAAGUGCUGAAAAUGGAAGUAGCUGUGUUGAAGAAGCUGCAAGGAAAAGAUCAUGUCUGUAGAUUCAUAGGAUGUGGACGGAAUGACAGAUUUAACUAUGUGGUCAUGCAGUUGCAGGGUCGGAACUUGGCAGACCUGCGUCGUAGCCAGUCUCGAGGGACGUUCACCAUUAGUACCACUCUGCGGCUUGGGAAGCAGAUUUUGGAAUCUAUUGAAAGUAUUCAUUCUGUGGGAUUCCUGCACAGGGACAUAAAACCAUCAAACUUCGCAAUGGGACGUUUUCCAAGCACCUGUAGGAAGUGUUUUAUGCUGGAUUUCGGCUUAGCAAGGCAAUUUACCAACUCAUGUGGGGAUGUCAGACCACCACGAGCUGUUGCUGGUUUUCGAGGAACAGUACGAUACGCAUCAAUCAACGCGCAUAGAAACAGAGAAAUGGGUCGGCAUGAUGACCUCUGGUCUCUCUUCUACAUGUUGGUGGAAUUUGUGGUUGGGCAGCUACCUUGGAGAAAAAUAAAAGAUAAGGAGCAAGUGGGCUCCAUUAAAGAAAGGUAUGAACACAGACUUAUGUUGAAACAUCUUCCUCAAGAAUUCAACGUUUUUCUGGAUCACAUUUCUAAUUUGGAUUACUUCACAAAGCCUGAUUACCAGCUUCUCAUGUCUGUGUUUGACAACAGCAUGAAAACGUUUGGGGUUAUUGAAAGCGACCCUUUUGACUGGGAGAAGAGUGGAACUGAUGGCUCUCUGACAACAACAACAACUUCAACCACCCCUCAGCUGCACACUCGGCUUACGCCGGCUGCAAUUGGAAUUGCCAAUGCCACUCCUAUCCCAGGAGAUUUGCUGCGGGAAAAUACAGAUGAAGUAUUCCCUGAUGAACAGCUCAGUGAUGGAGAGAAUGUUAUUCCUGUUGGUGUAUCACCAGAGAAAAUACCUGGAUCCCCUGGACAUCAGCGUCCUCAGGAAAAAGAUGUUUGGGAAGAAAUGGAUGCAAACAGAAACAAAAUAAAACUGGGGAUCUGUAAGGCUGCCACAGAGGAAGAAAACAGCCAUGGACCAGGGAAUGGAAUGCUAAAUGCCCCAAGUCUUGGUUCUCCAAUUCGAGUUCGCUCAGAGACCACCCAGUUAGACAGAGAUGUUCCACUGGUGCGAAAGUUGCGCUCCAUUCACAGCUUUGAACUGGAGAAGCGUAUGACCUUGGAGUCUAAGCCCGACACUGAUAAGUUUCUUGAGACCUGUUUGGAGAAGAAGCAGAAAGACUUGAAAGUGGCAGAGACUGCUGUUGCUGCUGUUCCUCCUCUUUCUCAGAAAACAUCUCUUCCUGCCCGCACGGACCAUGUUUGGCACUAUGAUGAAGAGUAUCUUCCAGAUGCUUCAAAGCCUGUGUCAGCUAAUUCUCCUGACCAUGCUGAUGGUGUUAUGAGCAAUGGAUUUGUAGCUGUUAACCUAAGCUCCUGCAGGCAGGAGGUUGAUUCUAAGGAAUGGGUGAUAAUAGAUAAGGAACGGGACUUGCAGGACUUCAGGACAAAUGAGGCUUUAGGGCACAAAAUGACUGGAAGUCCCUCAGAUGAAGAGCCAGAGGUACUACAAGUUCUAGAGGAGUCCCUUCCAGAAGAGCAGUCCAAAGCAGGUGGUUUGGCAGGAAACAAUGUCCAUGCCAAGAACCAAACUUCAGGUGUGGAGUUUGUUCUCGACGUGGAAUGUCACCCUGCUGCAUCUGAACAGCUUACAGAUAAAUUGGAACUUCUGUCUGGAGCUGCAGGACAGCUUCUUGCAGCCACCCCUACAAGUCCUAUGGAAGCUCAAGCAGAAGGAGCACUCACUCCGCUCAACUCAUGUCAUAUGCUGCAUUUCUCCACUCCAAGAAUUUCAAGUCCCAUCCUCCGCACCAUGAGCCCUAUAGCCUAUCUGUCCAUCCACUCGGACCCUCUGAGGGAGGCUGCUUUACCCAGGAGUCAGUCAGCUGAGAGCCACUCCUCUUCCUCCCGCUCAACUGGCCGUAGGCAGCUUCCUGUCAUUCCCAGUGGCAGCAAGCUCCCCCCUGUCAUUCGCAUCUCAAAAGCACAACCUGAGCAGAUAACAAUACCCAGACCUUCAGUGGCAUCCACACAGUCUGCUUCAGAGAGCUUUCAGUAUGGCCACCAGCUGGAGAGAAGAGAGCAGGAUGGUCAGUUUGUGGAACAUACCAUGGAACUUUCCUCUCCAAAGGAAAGUUUGCCAGGUUUGGUUGGGACAGAGGAUGCACUUCCAGCUAGUGCGAACAGACCAGAUUUGGUACUUAAUAUUAACCAAGAGGUGCUUGACAGGGGAGGACUUGUCAAAGAAUCUGUCCUGGAUUGUGACCAAAAGGACCUACCUGAACACAAUGGGAUACAGGAAGAGAAAGAGCUUGGAAAUAUUCCUGUGGAGGAGGCUGAGGAAGAAGGGCUCCCACUGGUUUCUGAGGAUGCCAUUGAAAUGCUUAGCAAAGAACAGAAUUCUUCUUUGCCAGGAAACUCAAAAUCUGCAGAGGAGGAACCUCUAACAAAUACUGAAGCAGCUCAAGAAUCAAAGUCAAGGCCUGUCUGUUUGGUGCCAAAUCAAGAUGAGGUUCUGAAGUCAAUAGCACCUAAAACAUCAGAAUUGUCUCCCUCAAGACUUAAUAACGCACAUGUUAAUAGACAGGGAAGCAAAAUAGCAACCAUUCAGGAAAAUGGUUUUCAUUCUGAUAAGGAGGAAGUCCAUAGCCAAGACCUGAAAUGCCACCAAGUGGCCCUUACUACUAUUUUGCAGCAGGAGAAUAAAAAAGAGAAAAAUGCUCCCAGAAAUGGAGAGUUAUUUCAUUGCAUUUCAGAAAAUGAGAAUUCUUAUAGAUCUAAGAAGGACUCCGUUAAAUCUUCUUUUGUAUUCAGGCAGAGUCGAAUCCCAGUUUUAGCACAAGAGAUAGACUCAAUGUCAGAUUCCGCUUCUGUUUCUGCAAAGGAAAAGCUUCUUCUAAAAAAGGCCCAUCAGACAGACUUGGUCAAAUUACUUAUGGAAAAGAGACAGCUCAAAUCUUUCCUUGGUGACCUCUCAAGUGCCUCUGAUAAGUCACUGGAUGAAAAAAUGGCUGCUGCUCCAGUACCGUUUUCUGAGGAUGAUGUCUUAGCUUCGUUUUCUAAAUUGACAUUGGACUCUCAUUUCAGCAAGCAGAAUGAAGAUAGCUCUUUAUCUCCAAGCAGCCCUCAGUCCAGAAAAAGCAAGAUUCCAAGACCAGUGUCUUGGGCAACCUCUGAUCAAGUUACCAGUUCAAGUUCAGCUCAGUUCUUUCCUCGGCCACCACCAGGAAAACCGCCUACUAGACCUGGGGUAGAAGCUAGGUUGCGCAGAUACAGAGUCCUAGGCAGUAGCAGCUCGGACUCAGAUCUUAUCUCUCGUCUGGCUCAAAUCCUGCAGAAUGGAUCUCAAAGACCAAGGAGUUCUACCCAGUGUAAGAGUCCAGGAUCUCCUCAUAGUCCAAAAACGCCACCCAAGAGCCCUGUCAUCCCCCGCCGCAGUCCCAGUGCCUCCCCAAGGAGCUCUUCUUUACCCCGUACUGCCAGUUCUUCUCCGUCCCGGGCUGGGAGAUCCCAUCAUGAUCAGAGGAGUUCAUCCCCACAUUUUGGGAGGAGUAAAUCACCUCCUAGCCAUUCAGGCUCUUCAUCUUCUAGGAGGUCCUGCCAGCAAGAGCACUGCUGCAACAAAACGAGCAAGAAUGGUCUGAAAGGAUCUGGCAGUUCUUUCCACCAUUCCCCAAACACUAAGACUUCCACAGGAAAGAGCAAAUCAACUACUAAGCUUAGCAGAUAGGAACUGAGUCUUGACAGGUAUAAAAUCUCCUCCUAAAUCUGAUGCAUGUUGUGUCUGUGUACUGUGUAUUUAAAAAAAUAAUCAAAAAAAAGUAUAUUAAAAAAGGUGUUGAAUCUGCACAUUUUAAAGAAAGUAGCCAUUGUAAACUAUUCAUGAGAAAGCAUUCUAUGUAAAUAAGUGGCCAGGCUUUGCCUUAGAGCAGGCAGCAAGCAGAUCCACAAAAUGGGAAGUAGAGGCCAGGGUAAGAAUGGCUGGGUAGUCAAAGAGGUGCAAUGUAUUUAGAGUGAAAAAGUAUCUUGAAGGUGAGUGUUUUAAAAUGGUAUUAAUCUUGAUCUGUUUAGUUUCCCUAGUUAGAAGAUUUGGCCUAAUUAUUUAACGCCUUGUGUACUUGAGGGGUAUGUAAGAAAGCCUGAAACAGGCAUUCCCAAAAUGAUGUCACUACUUGGGAGAUAAGUACUGCUCAAGCAUUUCUUUGCAGUUUUAAAAAAGCACACACUUUAGAAGAUGAUAAUUCUGCCUUAUAAAUUUCUUCCAUUUUGAGCUGCGCUCACCUCUGAGUCACUGAGUGCUUAUUUUGUCCCCUAUUAUGGCACAGAUUUCUUACCUUAGUAUCAUAUACUUACCCCUUCUUGACACUGAUGAAAUUUAAAAAAUCAAUAUUUGACAAGAUGUUUUUGUACCAAUAUUAUUUAGAGAUUUUCUUAGCAGUAAUUAGGAUCCAAGAAGCUGAUUCUCAGUUCUAUGUCAUACAGUUUUUUGGGAGUCAUAGUGGGGUUUUUCAAACCACAUUUGAUAGGAUUUGGAAAAGCAUUCUCUCCUAGGAAAUAAGAGAAAGGAGUAGAUGUAUGCCCUUCACUGUAUGUUGUAGAUUUACAGGAAAAUGCAAUAUAAGUUAGAAAAUAAGAACUUUUCUUGACCCCCUUAAUUCAAAUGAAAAAAGAACAUUUGUUAUUGCUGACUUUUAUUUUCCAUUAUUUAUGGACCACUUAAACCACAGAUCUUGCAAUGCAGAGAUGAUUACCAAUCAAGUUUUGGGUUUUUGGUCAUUUGUUUUUUAAAAUUAUGGAAGAUGAAACAGAGAUGAGGAAAUUAUCUACUUUAUGAACGUGAUAGGUUAGGGUUGAUGGAAGUACACUUAACACCCUUAGAAAAUCUGGAUAAGAAUAUUAAUCAUUAAAGCAAAAUAUACGGAAAGAAAUCUUAGAUAUUUUCAUAGUAGAUUAUUGUAAUUCAGUUUCCCAAAUGUGUUUUUGAUAGAGCAGCUUUGUUGACUCUCAGUAAAGUCCAUGGUGUUUAAUUCCUCCAGUUUUAUUAGGUAGUUACUCAGUAACAUCUUGUGCUCUGCAGGAACCCUGUAGGAAUGAAAGGUGUGGCACCUUUUGCUGCGUUCAGAAAAGCAUAGUGGGUCAGAAUAGGGACAGACAAGAACACAAGCCUGAGAAAGAUGCAGCCAGAUCUCCUCCCUAAUGAUUCCUGUUGUGGGGACUCUGGAUGCAUAGGAGACUUGUCAAUUACUGAUCUGCUUGCUGUAGUCAUAUGCCUCUCCAGCCAGCAUCUGUGUUUUUUUAUUUAACCUCUGCCAAAUGAAUAUUUUUGGAUUUAAAAGGGAAUAUUUUGUCUCUGAGCUAACACAUUCUAAUGCUGCAUUAAAGCUGCCCUAGAGCUGCACUGAAUUUCACUUGCUUUGUCAGACUAUGUUGAUUUUUUCCUUUUCUUAUUAUGUAUUUUUUUUCCCAUAUGUAAUGUAGCACAGUGUGGAACCUUAAUUUCAUUCAGGUUUCAAGCACUACAGAUGAAUGCAAUAGGUAGGGUAUACCUGCUUUUUCUGAAGAAACUGUACCAUUGCAAAGUCCUAUUCCUUUGUAUUAUAAUGUAUAAUAGGUGCUAUACCAAUAAUUGCAUGUCCUCAUGGUAAAUUAUAUAAUAUAAAUAUUUAUAUAUACAUAUAUGUAUAUGCUUAUAUAAACUCAUUCUUUCUCAUUUUUCAUUUGUAAUUUAUGGACCACAAAUAGUACAGUUCCCCUUCUGUUAGCUCUUGUAUACUUACCUCUUCUAUUCUCCCCUGCACCCCUGCCAAAAAAAUCUGGAAUGCACAAAUUCUAAUAGCCUUUAUACCUUGGUACAAAAUUGAAGGACUGCUGAUUUCUCAACCAGCCAAUGUUUUGUGUUGCAGCUUUGUUUUUUUUUUUAAUUUCUAAUUUCAUGUGCACAUUUGCAUAUGGAACAAGAACAAAGACUCAAAAGGUAUUUUUAUUUUUUAUUACAAAUAGGUCUUGCUCAUUUUUAUUUCAUAUGUGAGUUCUAAAUUGUGAAUACUUGUCAUUUAGGAACAGUGACAGUCUAUGAAUACCUAAUGGUUGAAUGUGACAACAACAAAUUCCAUCUUUUCCUUCCUGUUUUCUACAUGUUUCCUUAUGGUAUGCCAUAAAAAAGAAUUUGGUCACAUUGUGAUGUUUUUGUCCUGGGCACUUGCUGGAAUGAUUUGUUAAGGUGGCGUGGCAGCAUAUGAUUAUUUUUCCUUAUUUCUGAAAAGCAUUUAUUAUCAUCAUGUAAGUUUAUUCCUAUGUUACAUUGUCAGUUUUCAUAAGUACUAACUUUAUGCAUCCUUGCCUGAAAAUGCUGAAGUUGAGGUGUUUAUAUUUUCUCUCUAGUGUAACAGGAUCCAGAAAUGGUAACUGCUUUACAGGUGAGAAAGCACAUAACACCUCUGUUACGUUGUCUUCAAAGUACAGGCUUGUCCAUUGUUAGACAUUACUAUGUAAAAUAAACCAAUGCUGUAGAAA